ACAAGUCUUGACCAAACGUAAGAUCCCACUCAACGUUUAUAUAUGGCUACAUGACCAACAAACCCAGUCGCGAAGCAGCCUCUUUAAUAUCAAGAUCGUUCUACAUUUACACUUUAAUUAAUAUACCAAUACUGACCUAUUUCAAAGGAACCGAAAAAGGAAAGUGUUUUUCCAAACACGAUGGGUGUCAAAGAGUGUGAUGGUUGUUUUUCGUGUUUUCGUGCCAAAUUUUCACCAAACGAUGAGGUGCCUCUACAUGUGCUACCGAAACCCAAAGAAGCAGACGAAAAUGCUGUGCAAGAAUUGAAGCAGGCCGAUAUAUUGAUCGUCCGAAAAAUUGACCCCUGUAUCAAAUUGAAUGGCGAAGCCCAUCAUACCUCGAAGUAUGAGUUAAUGAAUAGAUCAAUUGAACCCGACCUCGUUGUCAGAAGGGGUCAACCGUUUACUAUUAUAUUGGCACUUAAUCGACCUUAUAAUGAGGCUAAAGAUGCAAUUUCUUUUAUUUUUAACGUCUCAGAUGAGGAGUCUAGUUUUGGUCAUGGAACUUUGAUUUGCGUGCCGAUGAUCAAGCAGUUUAAUAGGCACUUCCCCUGGAACGUCAUUUGCAGUUCGGUGGAGGAUAAUACCGUUACAGUACAGAUAACUCCCGCUUCCGAUUGUGUUGUUGCAAAAUGGCGCAUGGAAGUAGAUACCAAAAUUAUAGACGGCGAGGCUUACAGUUACAGCUGGGAGACGGGAAUUUACAUCCUGUUCAACCCCUGGUGUAAGAUCGACCAGGUGUUCCUAAAACAUGAAGAAUGGAGAGAGGAAACUGUGCUAAAUGAUGUGGGUUUAAUAUACAGGGGCACGUUCAAUCGUAUACGCCCGUGUAUUUGGAAGUACCACCAGUUCGAGAAAGACGUGCUGGAAUGCUCUCUUUACCUAAUUAAGCAUAUCGGUAAAAUCCACGGCAGCUUUAGGGCCGACCCCGUAUUCAUAGCCAGAGCUCUAUCGGCCGCGGUGAAUUCCGUCGACGACAAUGGGGCAGUCAUGGGAAAUUGGAGUGAGGAUUUCUCAGACGGAACUGCACCGACUCAGUGGAUUGGGAGCAUGGAAAUCCUUCAAAAGUAUUAUAAGAAGAAGAAGCCGGUGAAGUACGGGCAAUGCUGGGUGUUCUCUGGAGUACUUACGACUAUAUGUCGAGCUGUUGGUAUACCUUGCCGUCCAGUUACCAACUACAAGUCGGCCCAUGACACUCAAAACUCGUUAACUUUAGACUACUUUAUGGAUGCAAACGGUAAAGUGAUCGAAGACAUGAAUUCUGAUUCCAUCUGGAACUUUCAUGUCUGGAAUGAGGUGUGGAUGCAAAGACCUGAUUUAGGGAAAUCGUAUACGGGUUGGCAAGCGAUUGAUGCUACUCCACAAGAACAAAGCGAUGACAUGUACAGAGUGGGCCCAUCGUCGGUCGUCGCCGUUAAGCUUGGCGAAGUUAAACGUCCAUACGACACCGGCUUCCUUUUCGCCGAAGUUAACGCAGAUAAGGUCUAUUGGAGAUAUACCGGUCCAAACGAACCCCUGAAGCUGCUAGGUAAAGAUAUCCACAGUAUCGGAAAGCUAAUCAUUACCAAAAGUCCCGGACGAUGGGAUUACGAAGACAUCACUCGAGUUUACAAAUACCCCGAGAACGCCGCCGAAGAACGCGCCACAAUGUUCAAAGCUCUACGCCAAUCUGAAAACAUGUUCGCUCGCUAUUACUUGAAUGACGAUUUUAAUGACAUCGACUUCAGUUUGGAAAUGAGAGACGACAUUAAAAUAGGCCAACCGUUCGCGGUGACGCUAGUAAUGAGGAACGUGAGCAAGUCCAAGGAUUAUACGGUGAUGGUAACUUUGAGAAUUGAUGCCAUUACCUACACCGGUAAAGUUGGCGAAUGCAUAAAGCAGGACAGAUUCAAAGUGCUGGUGAAAGCUGAAUCGUCGACGGAACUACAAACCAGCGCAGCUUAUCACGAAUACAGCAAAAAGCUGAUGGACCAAGCCGCUUUCAACGUCGGCUGUCUGGCGUCAGUCGAAGAUACCAACUUUGAAUACUACACGCAAGAUGAAUUUCGCGUACGCAAACCGGACAUAAAGAUAGUGUUGCUGGGGCCACCAAAACAGAAUCAAGAGGUACGCGUCGACGUAUACGUGGAAAACCCUCUACCGGUACCGUUGAAGAAAUGCGAAUUUACAAUUGAUGCCCCAGGGUUUGAAAAGAAACUAACACUGAGAGUCAAAGGCGUCGUGGCGCCGGGAAAGAAGGCGCUGGUGGAAUUCAAGUUUAUUCCACUUAAAUCGGGAGAUCAAACGAUUGCGGCGACGUUUAAAUCCUCGGAUUUGGAAGAUGUCGACGGAUUUCUAAAUUUCAACGUAGAGGCCGCCAAAUUAGAUAACGGGCAGAGCUAGUCGUGGGUACCAAAUACCUUUUUUUUAAAUUUAGUAUUUGUACAUAUUUAAAGCGUGAAUUUAUUAUUUAUAAACAUUUAUUAAAUUUUAUUAAAUUAUGCAAUUUUA